AUGUUCCGAUUCGUCCUGUUCGUCCUUUGCUCGCUUUUCCUCGCCUCCAAUGUGUCAGCCUUCGGUUUCGGUCUUCUUGGCGGAGGAGGCGGUGGUAGCAGCAGCUGUUGCCCACCCCCACCACCACCUUGCUGCCCACCUCCAGCCCCUCCACCAGCACCUUGCUGCCCUCCUCCUCCAUGCCCAAGCAGCGGAGGAUGUGGAAAGAAGUAA